AUGCGCGUUGCCAGCUUGAUCCUCGCGAGCCUUGCGGUCGUGUAUGCCGCCCCUACACAAGCCCCCACCUCGCACAAGCCUGGCAAGUCGCUUCCGGUGGACUGGAAGCUCCUGAGCCAGGCUGCCGGUCUCUCGCAGCAGACCUACUGCUUUUUCCAGCCGGAUAACCAGACGGUGGGCGAUGCGCAGCUUUUGUACGAGUAUGGUGACGGCAACCUUGACCAGCGUGCCAUCGUGUUCAAGUCUAAGAGCCUCGGCAUUGCGGUGUCCUUUGAAGGUACCGAGCCGAUCAGCAUCGCCUCGAUUCUCCACGAUGCCGACUUUCAGCUGGUAAACCCCGACAAGGAUCUAAAGGAGGUUUUCCCCCCCGGUGUGCAGGUCUUUAAAGGAUUUCAGGACGCGUACCUCGCAGUGGCGCGCCCCGUCCUCGGCAAGGUGAAGGAGAUGAUGCAGAAGUACAACGAGACGCGCGUCACGGUGACGGGCCACUCGCUCGGUGCUGCGAUGGCGCUCCUUGCUGCUGCGCACUACGAGCAGACGCUCAAGGACGGCAGUGUGGCCAACGUCUUCACCUUUGGACAGCCCCGUACGGGCAACCCUGCGUUUGCCAAUGCGAUGGACGACAAGUUCCUUGGCAAGCUGUUCUAUGUCGUGAACGGCCAGGACUGGGUCCCCCACAUGCCCCCCCGCGACUGGAACUUCCAGCACCCGUCGGGCCAGGUGUGGAUCAACCCCCCCAACUCGCAGAACUGGACGUUCUUCCCCGGCCAAGAGGACUCGAACGGCGCCAACUCGGUGGACCCGAUCUGGACCUUCCAGGACCAUCACGGCUACUACUUCCACACGGGUCUGGGCCACGGCCCUGGCAAGUGCCCCGCCACGGUCAAUGACCACGAAUAA